AUGCGAUAAUUCACCACAUAAAGGUUGUAUAAAUUGCUAAAUAAAAUGUCAAAGUUCUUGAUUGAUUGUGAUACUACUGGCUUGGUUGUCUAAAAUAUAGGACUGGUUACAAUAAUGUUGAUUAUAUUUGUUAAUCAAUUUGCGGAGAUUAAAUAGUAGCAUAUGAUAAACAAUAAGAUAAUGGUAAUUUCAUAAUUGGAAAUGGCUGUCAAUUCUGUUAAUAUAGUUAUUAGAAUUCAUGCCUUAAUUGUAUUUAAUGAUUCUGUUAUGAUUAUAAAGAAGGUUUUGAAUUAAUAUAAUCUAAAAUGUUAUACUAAAUGUGGAGAUGGAAUAUAAAAUAUAAAGAAUAAUGUGAAAUGA